GUAUAAAGCAAGCGAGUCGAAGGUCGAAGCCGCCGUAUCUUGCUCACUUUUCUCCUGCAGCGCCACGGUUGGUUAACUUUUUGAUUAUCACAGAUCCCAGAAACUUGGCUUAUAAUGUCGUGUUCCUGGGUGUCUGACUUCAUCAAGAUGUGUCCGCUACCGGCCGUUAUCCUCCUGUCCGCUCUCGGCCAGCUGCAGCUAUCUGUUGCUGUGCCGAUGGCAGCCAUCACGACACCACAGACUGCAAAUGGUGCAGAGUGUCCUCCACAUCACUUCUCCUGCCCCAUUACGCAGCCUGAGCUAGGCGACCAAGGCUCGGCAGAUGUGGAGCCCACCUGCAUCGCCGCACAUCACAUAUGCGAUGGGCACAUCCACUGUCCGGGUGGCGACGACGAACUGCCCGCGAGGUGCUCCGCUUCCUCGUCGACCUCGCCCGGCUCCUGUCCCGUGGCGGAGGAGAAGCGGAUGAGCCCCAACUGCUGCGUGUCGCCAUCGUUCGUCUGCGAUGGCCUGCGUGACUGUGCUGAUGGAGCAGACGAAGCCGACUGUGGGAAUACAGGCUGUGAGAAUGGCCUGGGUGAAGAAGACUUGGAGAAUCUUGUCUGCAGUGACCAAACUAUUGUGGUUCUCCGGGCUGUCUACGUUGAGUCGCUGCAUGCUUUCGUGAUUGGUAAGCGCUGGAGCAAUCGACCCAUGCCCAACGUCCAGCAUCUUCACCAGCAUGACAUUGUGAGUGUGUCCGGAUCCACUGGCAGAGCCUGCUGCAAUCACUCCAUGACUGACGGAGAAACACACCUGGUUGCUGCUCCACUGGGAUACUUCACCAAAGAUGAUGGGCACGACCAGCAGCACCCCACUGAAUUGUCCUCAGCAACCUCCACUAUUCCUUCCGCUGGUGCACCCAGUGCUGGCGCUCACUUUGUCAAGCUACCAUGUUCGGACACCAUUGUCCGAGGCUGGAAACGCGGCUUCUUACAUACGGUCAAGCGCUACCACAAGCUGUGCAGGAAAUAACAGCCCUGAGCACCAGUCAUGGGGGAACUGUCCACAGUCCACCCCUCCCAGCUCUAUUCGCUACUACGACCGCCGUGCCGCUUCGUCCAAUGCCUAUUCUCAUCUCCAGGCCGAAAAGCCUGAGCGAGUACUUUGUGUGUAGUAAGGCGGCUGCUAGCAUAUCAGCACAUAGUAUACCACGGCACCGUGUAGUUUGAUCGUAGGCCCCAUGCUGAUGGCCAUUUCGGUGAUGGUGAUGUGCAUGAGCAUCACGACCAAUAACUCUAUCUUACCAUCAAGUACUAGUACCCAAUACAACACAGGGCCCAAGAUUUAACUGAGCAUCCAUGGUCUUAGUUCGAUUCGUCUCGUCUUGUCCCCAUCUACGGUGCCCUCGUUGAGUUACAUGUACCAUUGUUUCUCGACACCUAUUUUAUCCUCCCAACACUAAUUGCACCGUCUCAAUCUGGUGCAUGUAUAAUGAAUGUCAUAUUUAGCCAUGAGUUUUCACCGCCAUACGGUUCAUACAACAUGCAGUCUCUCGCCAAUAGAGUCAAUCAGUGUUGUAAGUACAUGUAGUUUUACUGUUCUCUGGCAUAUCAUGAACCCUCACACUCGCAUUAGCACCAUCAUAGGCAAAUACUGUGGACCUGCGAGCCCCAGUAAUAUUAUUAUUAUUAUUAUUAUAGGAACCCAACUGUUUUUUUUAAAUCCCCAUUCUAAGUCACUUGAUCUGGUUUUAAACUGCUUACAUAUUCAACUAUUUAUUCAGAUCGUUGCCAAGUUUUGCCCGAAACAAGUCAUUAUUCUAAUGACUCCCGUCACAUAUACUGCUACAGUGUACAUUGUUCCUGCCUUGAUGCCUGGUAUUGUUGGAGGCUGUUUGGUUAAGCUA